UUAUUAGUAGUAAAUUUGAUCUGUGAAGUCAAUUUAUAGUUUAUUCAGUUUGUCUUCGGAGUAUUACUUCCCAAAAAUUUGCCAGUAUGGCCGGAAAUUGGCUACCGGCGGCACAGCUCACCGGGAGUGGGCGGCCGGUUCUUCAACCAGGUGAAGUAGAGUGCAGCCUUCUCUCCUCCGUAGACCUCUUUUCUGAAGAAACCCCCAGUUUCCCAAACCUAAAAGCCGGCCUCGUUAUUCUCACAACUCACCGUCUUAUCUGGGUCCAAGAAUCCACCACCUCCCCUACUGCCAUUUUCAUCCCUCUUUCAGCCAUCACCCACAUCUUCUCCCUCAAAAAAACCAUCAAGUCAAUGUUCGCUAGCCCAAGAUUCCGAUUUCAGGCGUCACUUGGUGAAAAGGGCACGAAAGGGGUCGUGGUGAUUACUUUGAUUCUCAGGGGGAAAUCGGAUAUUGACUCUUUCGUGGAGAAGUUUUGGGAAGCAUGGAGAAAGAAGGCUUGGGAAGAUGGGAUGAAAUCUGGGUCGGAGGCUUCGGGUUCUGUGUUGGGGUCAGGGUCGGGUCAUGGGUCGGGUGGUGAUGGAGGAUUGGCGGUGAGGAUGCCGGUUGUUGGGGUAGCUGGGAUAUUGAGGAAAGAGCAGGAAAUGUGGGAGAAUACUGAUAAGAGCUUGCAGGAAGCUUUUCAGGAUUUGAACGCUCUCAUGAAUAAAGCUAAAGAAAUGGUGAUUCUAGCAGAGAGAAUGAGAUCAAAGCUUCUCUCUGGCUCAACUAGUCAGGCCACUGGCACAAAUGAUGAGGAAAUUGGAACCAAAGAAGAGAUGCAAGAAUUGCUAUUAAGUGUUGGUAUUGUGUCUCCUGUUACUAAAGAAUCUGCUGGUGCGUUGUAUCAUCAACAGUUAUCUCGGCAGUUGGCAGAUUUUGCGAAAAUUCCACUGGAGAGAGCUGGAGGAAUGAUUAAUUUCAUUGACAUCUAUUGCCUUUUCAACCGGGCUCGUGGAACAGAAUUGAUCUCACCUGACGAUUUGCUGCGUGCGUGUUCUCUCUGGGAGAAGUUUGACGUACCAGUUAUGCUUCGGACGUUUGAUAGUGGUGUCAUGGUCAUCCAGAGCAAAAGCCACAGUGAUGUUGAGGUAUUUACUAGAAUUAGAUCUAUGGUUACUACACCUGAUGCUUUACGAUCAGGAGUCACUGCUAGUGAUGCUGCAAUGACUCUGGGAAUUGCUCCAGCAAUGGCUAAAGAGCACCUUCUCGCAGCUGAAGGCAAAGGACUUCUAUGCAGAGAUGUUAGUCCAGAUGGAUUCCGCUUUUUCGUCAAUUUGUUGCAAGAAGUUGAUGCUGAUGAUAUAUUCUUAGUGAAAGAUUAUGGAAUCUAUCAGACAUGGAUCAAAGUUAUCUCUGCUGCCAGGUGAAAUAGAAGAAGCGUGAUAAAUAGCUUCAUGCAUCAGCACGCUCUUUCAGGGCUAAUUUGUUGCUUUAGGUGCCUCGUAGAAAUUUAUUUAUGAAGCUUGAACGGGAGAGCGGAGAUGGGAUGAAUAGGUGAAAAGAUAAGUGCCUCUCCCACCCCGACUUGAAGAGAGCCAGAAGGGGAUAUCAGAAGGUUAGGCUUGCCUAGGUUUUGCAUGUUUGGGUACUUGGAGCACAGGAAUCGAGUUGAAAUUACAUAAUUCAGCUUGAUAAGGACAGAGAAGUCUACAUCAUGCAGGCAUUACAAGGUAACACAAUCUAUGGUGGUACCUGAUUCUAGUUCCUUAACAAAGAAAUGAAGAGUUGAUUUAUUCUGAAUUAUGGUUUUGUAAGCACAGGAACAUUCUCUCAUGUUACAGUUUUCCAUGCAAGGCACAAAAAUUUGUUACUUGUACAUUUGGUAAUUGAAUGCACAAAGAGUUCACUGUAACCAACUAGAUUUGUUUAAUUGCUUCCCUAAGUUUCCUCUCUAGAGUCUAGUGUAUGAUACAGUAUCUACUCGUGGAUUUGGUGUACGAUAUCUUCUAAUAACAUUUGCGAUUGUCAAGGAUGACAAAAGGUUCAAU